AUGUUAAAUUUAGUUGAUGUGAAAAUUAAAAUGGUGCGUAGUAAAUCUGCUUUCUGUCUAGUUUCUACUGAGAAAAAUGAUGCCUUCAAAAUCGAUUAUAAAGUGAUCUUGGAUCAUGCUUCUUUGUUUAUCAGAAAAGUAAAAGUAAACCCUGGAGUCUCUCUCGGACAUGUAAAAGCGUUGGAAAAAAGUUCUGCUAAAUACCCUAUAGAUCGAGUAUUAUGCAAAACAUAUUCAGUAUCUAAGGGAAGUUGGUCUUUUAUGCAAGAUAAUGUAUUUUUAGGAUUGAUGCCCAAGCGAGUCAUUAUUACUUGUGUAGAAAAUGCUGCAAUGAAUGGACAAUAUUCAAUGAAUCCUUUUCUGUUUGCCCAUCAUCAUGUCAACUUUAUAUCGAUUUAUGUAGAUGGACAACCCGUUCCAUGUAAACCAAUGGACCUUGAUUUCAAAUCUAAUCAUUAUGUGCGUGCUUACCACAGUUUAUUUUCUGGAUUUAAUCGCGACAAAGGCAUCUAUUUAUCUCGAGAAGAAUUUGUGAAAGGGCAUGUGUUAUAUGCUUUCGAUUUAACUCCAGAUAUGUGUGAUGUAUCUCAUUUUAACUUACAGCAUCAAGGCAAUUUGCGAGUAGAAAUUAAAUUUGCUAAAGCUCUCUCUGUGACUCUCUCGGUGCUAGUCUAUGCAGAAUUUCAAAACGUGAUUGAAAUAACAAAAUCUCGUCAUGUACUUACUAUGCGAUUUUGCUAA